GACUGGCCGGGCCUCUCGGCCAAGUUCCGGGGGACCCUGUGCUCAGCUAUAUAAGGGCGGUGGGGAGAGGAGCUGGCCCAGCCUCUCGCAGACCCGGAGAGUGACCUGUCAGCUGUGAGAGCAGACCCCCAAGAUGCAGCCCCUGCUCCUGCUCCUUUGCCUUGGCCUCAUUGCUGCCCUGCGGGCCCAGGACCCCCUGGCCUUGGACGAGGGCGAUCAGGAUGUGUCAGGGACCUGGUACAUGAAGGCCGUGACCACGAACAUGGACAAGUCAGAGAUGAAGCCCGAAUCUGUGGGGCCCAUGACCAUCGUGACACAGGAUGGGGGCAACCUGGAGGUCACCCUCAGUUUCCUGAUCAAGGGUCAGUGCCACACACUCGAUGCCGUCCUGGAGAGAACGGAGGAGCCGGGCAGGUACACGGCCUUUGGGGGCAAGAGUGUGGUGCGGGUGACUCCGCUGAAGGAGAAGGGCCACUUUGUCCUCGUGUGUGAGGGUGUGAUGGACGGGAAGGCUUUCCGCCAUGUCAAGCUCGUGGGCAGAGACCCUGAAACCAACCCCGCAGCCUUGGAGGAGUUUCAGCAGGUGGCAAGAGCCAAGGGCUUGACCACGGAGGAGAUCAUCAUCCCGCCACUGGGAGAAUCCUGCUCUCCAGAGAGUGACUAGGGUAAGCCCCCAUGGGCCUUCUGGGAAAAUGUGGGUCUCAGGUUUGGUGGGCGUGUGAGUG